UGGCGACCACGAGCAGGACACUUGCGCUGUCAAUCAAGUAAUAUCACGGUGUAAAAGAUUUCUUUCACCGUGAGUAAUGUAUAGAGAUCAAACGUGUUCAUGAGCAGAACGCUUUCGCGCUGCCUGUGUAGAAAAUCAGAUUAGUGGAAGGUUAAUGAGAGAUCAAUUUUUGACAACGUUGCAUCUUUGGCGUUUUUGCUUUAUUCCUUAUUGCCUCAAAGAACGUGCAGCACGGAACAUUAUACACAAAGUAAUUUCACUCUGAUAUCGCAUAGAAAUGCCAAAAGUCGUGCAGUAAGUCAAUAAUAAACAUGGCGUCAGCCGUAUUCUGGUAGGAGACAUAUCAGUCUUCUCGGUGGAGAACCUGCCGGCGCCGAAGAAUUUCUUGAUCAUGUAUAUCCUAAAUUCAUAAUAUGAAGUAAUGCCAAUGGGAACUUAAUGGCUGGAUGCUUGACUAACAUUUUUCUGUGCGUUUUCGUUUUGCCAUUCUAAACUUGAAGUAAGGUAAAAUGGAAGAGAUACAACUAAGUGAAACUGAACAGCGUUAUUUCGGCGACUUAUUUACGUGCUGCGAUUCUGAUAAGACGGGAAAAGUACCUGUCUACAAAGCCUCGGAAUUGUUUAGAUCUGCCAAUCUACCUCUUGACGUGUUAAAGCAGAUCACAGAGCUGUGUGGUGGUCGCAGCAGCCACCUGGGUCGGAGACAGUUCUACUCUGCACUGAAGCUGAUCGCUGCCUAUCAGGCUGGCCUGCCUCUGCGCACUGACCUGGACGCUCCUCUACCUCGGCUCAGCUGGCCCACAUCUGCUGGAAAGUGGGAACUGCAGCACGUCAGUAGGCGUCUGGGCAGCCCGGACCUCAUUCAACUGAGUGACACAGAUCGCACACCCACUCCGCAGAAGGACACAGCACCACACAUUGUGAGUGGCUCAGACAGCAGCACCGUGGAUUUGCGAGGCACUGCCGAGUCACCAGCACGAAAUGGGCGUUCGCUGUCGCCAACCUCCUCUGUGGGACUCAAAGCAUCGCGUUCGCCGGAAGCCUCAUCCACUGCCAGCGACUCUCCCACCCCCACUAACAGCGUGCAGGAGCGCCAGUGGGCAGCUAUGUGUGAAGAACAACGUCAGCUUCUUGGCACGGAGGAGGAAUCGUCAGAUCGCCACUCAAGCGAGGAGGAGGGAGAAGGAGACCCAGAUGCAGAGGCUGAGGUGUGGCUCAUCACAGAUGAACAGAGGGAGUAUUACUCUGCGCAGUUCCGCUCUCUGCAGCCAGACCCCGCGGGCCUCAUUGCUGGCCCUGUGGCCCGGCUGUUCUUUGAAAAGUCACGACUACCAGUCCAUGAAUUGCGCAAGAUUUGGCAACUUGCAGAUGUGACAAAGGAUGGUGCCCUCUCCUUGGAGGAAUUUAACACUGCUAUGCACCUGGUGGUCCUUCGGAGGAACAACAUCGACCUCCCAGAUGCUCUGCCUCCCUCGCUGGUUCCAAAUGUGCCUGCGGCUGCCCAAGGGAGCUCAGGGGGCCCUCCUGCUCAUGCGCCGCCCCCUGUGGUUGCCCCUCCAGAGAUCCCUCCUCACGAAGAAAGCCCUCCAUCCUUGUCACCUCUCGGCGGAGAGUCUGCUUCGCCCCCUCGCAGCAAAGAGUGGACAAAAUUUGUGGAUUCACCCACUAGCUCUGUGUCUUCUCCUGGUCCAAAGCCUGUCAACUUUGAUUUCCAUAAAUCUGCUGUAGAACAGGAUCCGAAGAUCUUGCAUCCGGUGCCUCUGCGUUUGACACCAGAGUCGUUACCGGCAGGGGAGGAGGGAGAACCCUGCCGUUCGCCUCGCAAACUGGUGGAACCUCAGCCCAUUCCGUAUGAGCAACUGGGUGGUGAGGGUUCACCGAAGAAGGGGCUGGUGGCCUCGGGGGCAGAGGCCAUAGGGACUCCUGCAGCCCUACCCUCCGAUCUACGCCCCAUCCAGCGACCACAGCCCAAGAAGCCAGCUGCGCCAGGCCCUGGGGCGAUUCCGCCACCCCCUGCUCCUUCCACAGCCACCAUCUCGGAGGAAGUCGUCGCGAGCCAAGGACCUGGGAUGGGAGGAGCAUCUGGUUCUGGCCCAACCAGCCUGCCAGCAGCUGCUGCGACUGCUGGUGCCCAGAUGGGACCCAAGAAGGAACCUCCACCGCCCCCACCGCCACGCCCGUAUCGUACUCACACGAGAAGUUCGUCUCUGGAUCUCAACCGCCUGGGAAAGAAUGCUGUGCUCCUAGGCACCCCACCUGUUGUGCCACCUCGCAUCUCUCCCAGUACGACGUCGCCCAAGAAGCUCAUUGGGCAGAGAAGUGAAGGGGACGUUCUUGCGUUGGUGGGAGAUCAUGCUGGCUUUGCUGAUUUCGCGCAGUUUGGGCAAGAGGAAGACAAUGCUGAUGCUGGUCACCCACGCAAACAUGGUGCAUUUGAGGUGUAUCGGAAACCAAUUUCACGAGUUGGGGGUUCAGAUGCUGGUUUGGGCCUUCAGGGAACAGAAAGUCCUUCUGAUGACAUGCCUUGUCACAGGCAUAGGCCCCAAGAAGCGCUCCGCCGCCUGCAGGAGCAGAACUCUCUUCUGGCACGUGUCUGCCAGGAGUUGGCCCAGGAGUUGGCGGAGGUGCAGGAGGAGCGCGCUGCCCUGGAGCUGCAACUAGAGCAGUUGCGUGUGGGGGGAGUUGUAGCUCCCUCCGCACAGCCUCCUGCUGCUUUGGUACAAACUUCCACCGAAUAGGCGCCAUUGCAAUCGUCAUAUGAAAAGAUAAGAUGAAACUCCUGGAGGUUUGUGAUGUCGGCAGCACAGCUCCCGAUUUCACAUUACCAUGCUAUGUGUCAAUAUGCGUGGAAAGGAGGGCUCCUAAAGGCGAAGAGGAAUGGGUAGUGUUGGUUGGUGUGUCGAUGAGUUGUAAUGGUUUGAGCCUGAAGUGUUCUUUCCGCAAUCUUCCAUUAAUGAAUGCUGCUGCUCAGUUGUGAGGGGGAUCCCAUUGCCCAUCGUGCCAUACAUCAGCUGAUUUUGUUAACUACACUACCAAAUCAAAGUCUGAAAAGAGUAGCAGUUGCUCCGUGGGAUAUGCAGUCUUAAAAGUCCUCGAAGCAUACACAUGUGCGGAUAUUAUUCAUAUUUCCUUUUUUAGUGUCAGAGACAUAAUGUUGAUUUUUUUAACCUUUCUUUUUAAAAAUGAAAUUGGUUUAUACAUCAGACCUUUUUUGAUAUUCCAAAUAAAUUUGAAUUAGAGUUUUUAGAUUGUUUUUGUUACAUAUUUGAUGACUAAUGGGAUUGCAUAUUCCAUCAUUUGCGUAUUUCAGUUUUGUAUGAGUGUUUGCUGUUUUACUCAUACAAGUAACUUGAUCGGGAAUUGUUGAUCUUUGUGAUAUUUGUGACUCUAAUUACAUGCUGGUAGUUAAUGUUUGCACAUGGUUAGGGUUGCAUUGCCUGUAAUGUACUGUGUUUUGCUUCAAAGAUGUAGUCAUUUAUUUAUAUACUUUAGACUGGACUAUUUUUUAUCUGUUUGAUAAAGUGAUUUUUAUCUUGAGUAUUUCUGUUUCACCUCACUGCUUAUGAAUGUCAAUUUUACAAAUAGUUAUCGUGAAUGUUAAUAAUCUCCAAAAAUUUCAAGAGUGAUGAUGUAGGUAUACUUUUAUUUGUUAUAGUAUUUACGUUUGACUGUCAGUUGCAAGGAAUGUAUAUUUUUAGAUGUGUGGUAACCCAGUGAAUUGUGAUCAAGAACAGAAAAAAAAAUUUAUAUUUAAUACUCUACAUUGCCUGAGCUAUUUGAGUGUCUUUCUCCACACCGCUAACUGAAAGUGUGAUGCAAAAGUCCAAAAAAAUGAGGACAAGUGAUAUUAGAAAUGAGUGCAAUGGCUUGCAUGUUGGUAUGAUAUAUACUAUUUUUGUUAUUGCAUCAGUUAAUCUUAUUGUUCAUAUUUGUAUUAUACAUAGGCCAUUUUGUGCAGAAUGCUGUAGGAAAUCCAUGUUAUAUGUAUAUAUGUUCUGGGUAAAAGAGGUGCUGAUGAUAAUGAGAUGAAUUUUAAUGUUAUAUCAUGUAAACAGAAGUGUACAACAUGGCUCAAUGGUAGAAUUAAUCUCACAAGUUGUUGAAUGCAACUUCUUUUCAUUCCAUAAUCAGUCAUUUACUAUUCCUUGUACCGUUGAAAUUUGGAACCUCCUGGGGAUUUUAAAACUGAAAUAUGCUCAUAACUGAUCUUUGGUGAUAGGUGAAAAUAGUUAAAUCUUGAGUGUGUUCCUCUAUUGAAAAGUCUCUAAUGAUAAUCGACUUCAGUGAUUUUCCUUUCCUUUCCUUUCCUUUCCUUUCCUUUCCUUUUCUCUUUUCUUUUCUCUUUUCUUUUCUCUUUUCUUUUCUCUUUUCUUUUCUCUUUUCUUUUCUCUUUCCUUUUCUCUUUCCUUUUCUCUUUCCUUUUCUCUUUCCUUUCCUCUUUUCCUUUCUCUUUUCUUUUCUCUUUUCUCUUUCCUUUCCUUUCCUUUUCUUUCUUUUUCUUUUUUCCCCUUUUCUUCUUUCUUUGCCUCCUCUUUUCUUUCUUUUUCUUUUUCCCCCUUUUUUUCUUCUUUGCCUCGUCUUUUCUUUCUUUGUCUCUUCUUUUCUUUCUUUCCAGUUUCAUGGAAAACUAGUGUCGAAGGUCUUGAUCCAUCAGUUCCAUUGUUGAAGACUGUACUUAUUAUAUUUGAAGCAGGAAACACUAGUAAAGGGUGCUUCCUAUGACUUCAGAGUAGAGUUGUGAAUCCAUUUAUUCCACCUGAAUGCAUUCCUCCUCUUGAUUGUGCUAUUGAAUUGUCAUGUUGUGCAUUUUUUGUUGUACUUUUGUUAAUAUAUAUUAUAUUGCUUUCCUUGCGCCUCAUAUUUUGCUCUCAAUAUAAUCUCAAAAUCGGUUUUUUGUACUUGUUUUAUUUGAUGGGAAUGCCAUGUUUGCUGCUUACAUAUUACAUAAAUGUGUGAUACUUUCGAACAUGUCAUACUGUGUGUUUUUUGUAUAUUUUCUUAAGUACUUUUGAAAACAUUUUAACUUGUUUUAUGCAGCGUAUGUAACAGUUUUGUUGCAUGUUAAUAUUUAUCAAGAUAUAUUUGAACUACCAUUUCAUUUUCAAUUCCUUUGAGGUAUUGACAGUCGGGGGAAUAUUCUUAAAAUAAAAAUUCUUUGUUCCAAGGUAGUGACAGAUUUUGAAACAGGAAACUUUUUGAAAUUGGUUUGAUGUUUUUAUCUGCGUAUGUGCAGUUAGGCAUUGGAUGCUUUAAAGUUCUUCUUGCUUUACAGAAGGAAGUUUGAUGUGGACUUCCUUUGAGAUUCUCUAUUCUAUUAGAAGUAUUAAAGAAAUCUGGAAUAAAAAAGGCUGAAACAUAAAAACUAAAACAGAAAAUAUAAUGAUUGAAUAUCCUUCUCAUGAGAAAGUAUAUAUGUGAAAAUUGGGGUUGUGAACACUUUUUCAAUUCAAGGAUGAUUGCUUAGGUUGUUGGGCAACAUUACCGGCAGACAAGUGGGCGAGGACAGGGUUUGUUACAAGAGUUCCAAAUCCCACAGCACUCCCAUCUUCUUCAUCAGCUUUCAAGUAUUUUUCAAAAGCUUUGAAUUCCAUAGGUGUAAAUUGGGCUGCAGGAGCAGCUACCAUUUCUCUCGUGGCAGUUGAUAUUCUUCUUUGAAAGUAGCUGGUGACAACAGUACAUAGUUGAUCAUUGAAAGCAUCGUUUUGUCCCCGUUGGUAAUUAAUCAUGGAAGACAUUUCUGCUUGGGUUACUGCAGUUGCUACUUGGGAUGAUAAUGUGAAGUUUGUUCUUGUCAAUACAGCAGUGUCACUUCUUGGAUAUAGGAUUUUCACAAAUAACUGGUCUUCCUCUGGUAUAGAAGCUAGAUAGGUCCAUGCUCUUAAAUAAGCACCCAUUCUAUCACUCAAUGCUCUGAUGCUCAACAAUUCAGGAUACUUGGAGAAGAUAUAAUAAUCUAUCAACAAUAAGAAUGAUAUCUCUGCCCCACUCAUUAACGAAAUGGUCUCUAAAGAAGAGGGAAUAAAAAGAUUGACCUAGGCCAGCCACUCUAACACAAGACACAAAUAAUAUCCUUCUUAAAUCUAAGGAUGCAGAAAGAAGUCGAUUGCACAAGUACAUGCAGGUUUGGUCAGGAUAUUGACAUGCUGUCCAAAAUGAUUCUCCAUCCACUGACAAUCACCCUGAGAACCCUGAGAACUUUUUUGUCAUGGUCAGAUAAAUUGGCCCCAUCAUCACCAGUAGAAGCUUUCUAUCAUUGAUGAACCUUUCAUGAUCUCCAAGUAACUCCAUUUCCAUAGCUCGGGAUUGCUCAAUAAAGAUACCUAGUUCAUCAACAUUCCUCAGGAUGUAUGUUUGCAAUGUAUAUCCAGCUUGACAAAAUGCAUCAGUAAUACUGUUGGAAGUGAAGAUUCUUUCAUCAGUGAUGUUAGACAUCAUGCUGUACAUUCAUACAACAAGUUGUCCUGUUACAUUUGGGUGGAUUUGUGUGUAAAAAUGUGCAUAACAACCAAGAAGAGCCUCUGUCUUCUGUCUCUCAAUGUUGAGUGUAAGAGAUAAACAUUGGCUGGAGGAUAAUCUGUAUCCAUGAUAUGCACCUGAUGAUCCCCACCACCAUGUGGCAACAGUUUCCUUUCUGCUUCAAAUGCAAUGUUCCAGCAUUUUGGUGAAUCACCAAUCCAUCCAUUAGUUGAGCCAUAUUGGAUUAAAGUCUCUGAGACUAUACAGAUUGGAGUAGCACUAUAAAGAUAGUGAUUUAUGAUAUAAGUGCUGUGUAUGACUCAAGAGAAGUAGUAUUUGAUAAAUGACAUGUCGAAAGCCGUAUUUUCUGCAUUUUUUUCUAGAUUUGCAAACUUAAUUUCAAGUUCAGUUAAUAUCGAGGAGAAGGUACUUUUUGUAGUACACCUGCCACUUUGUUUUUUAUAGAAUAUUCUUGAUAUUAGAACCAGAGGCAGGGUGGCCCAAGAAGGUAGUGUCUAUCCAGAUGAAUACAUACUGGUUUAUUACGUUUCACAAACAAUACAACAUGAUCUGCCUUGUUUCCUUUCCUGCACCGACUCAAGUGUCUGUAGGUAGGCACAUUUGGAGGUGCCUUGCUUGUCACUGUAUGCUCAGAGAAGGCCCUGCAGUGACCGUGAGUAGUAAAAUGUUUUUCUCACUUUUGCCACGUGUUCUGCUUAAGCAGGUGAUUUAAGAUUCUAACUGACCAUAUUGAAGACAUUGAUUUUCAGGCACAUUUGCUGUAUGUGUGUGGGUUUAAUUAACAGGUUAAAAAUGACGAAAUGGAUUAACAUUUACUUGAUAUUUAUUAUUUCAUUUUGAUUUUUUAGUUGUUUGCUUUGGAUUAAUUGUGUGUGUUGCAAAUUGUUAAUAAUUGUCAACCUGCACGUCUGUUGAGUAUAGUUGUACAUUGUGCUGGCAAGAAAAAAUGAAGAAAAUAAAUUCUGCUACAGGAUCAGAUCCUAAAAGUAUUUCAGAAGGGAACCAAUUGUUUUGAUCCCCCCCCCCUCCCCCCUUCAUAAAUUUGCUAAAGAAAGUAGCACAUUUUAGAAUUUUUUCUUGAAAUGACAUCUGCUCAAACAAUACUUCUUUGGAAUGUAAUGUGAUCAAUAUGUGGCAUUUGUAUUUAAUAAGUUGUCUAGAAUUACACAAAUACAGAAAGUUUUGAAUGCAGGGGAGGCAUGGCUCUUUUUCACUGAUUUUGUUUAGCUUGAACAUUUGUGUGCCACCGUUGAGUAGAACAGAAAUCUUGAUUAGUAAACUUCAAUUUGUCCAUAUUGCACCUGCCUCUCUUCUGGGAACUCUUUCAAUUGUUUACUAUCACUUUGAAAUCCUCUGCUUGAUAUUUCUCCCUCAUAUUUUAAGUCCCCCAAAACUUUGUUGGUGGUGGUGAUUAUUUUAUUCAGGUCAUUAAUUUUAGUAUUGGGCAAAUGUUUAAUAUAUUUUUUAAAAUUUUUUACUGACAGAUUAUUGCUUGUUAUUGCCUUCAAUAUGGAGCUUGAUUAUACACUGCAUUACUUACCUGGACGGAGAGGAUUGUGGUUACGAUGGAAAAUGAAAACAGUUGAGUGAUGCCACAUAUUCUCUUAUGGAGGGAGAUAUGAAAAGACAAACCAAGUUAAUUUGACAUCUAGUUAAUUAAUAAAUAAGUAAAUCUGAAUCAAUAAAAUUGGGUAAAUAAAAUCAUGUAUGUAUCAUGGAUGUUAACUGGUUCCAAUGAUCUUGGGCCAAAGGUCUUUGGGCUUUUUGUUGCUGCCUAAUCGUUAGAACCCUUAUAACGCCCGCCCGCUAUUAACGCCCUAAUAACGCAUAAAUAUUUCCUCAUCCAUUGGUUUUCUGUAUCAUAGUUACUUUCUUCUUUCCAACUUUUCCAGAAUGGCAUUUAUUGACUUGUUUUGUCCCUGCAAUUUUUUUUAACAAGUAUUGUCUUUUGUUGACAAAUUUAAAGCAAAAUAUACCAAGAUGAGGAAGCUUGCAUGAAAGUUUGAAACUUCCAUAUUCCAAUGGUGUUAUUUAAUUUUUGCAAGAACUUGAAUCAAUUUUGCAGGAUUCUAAAAGUAGACUGUUCUUUCACAGACAUUUUUUUGGUCAUUAAAUUAAAUAAUUCAAUUAAAAAUUUAAAAAAAUAUUAAAUUAAGUCACUUCUAAACUUCUUUCAAUUUUUAAGAAACAAGCAGGAUCAAUGAACACUUUAUUGCAGAAAACUCAUUGUCUACGGUAUGUUUAGAUCCAGCCGGCUACGAUUGCUAAGGCAGACGUGCAUUGGCGAUCUUGUUUCAAGUCCCACUUCAGCAUUGUUAUUUACUUGUGUUGUGACAUGGCAGGAUUUCCCACCCACCAUGCGUGUCCAUUUGGUUUUCUUUUCUGUCCUUUGCCUGCAUGGAGGGCAAGAACAUGUUGCACCUAGCAAUGCCCAUCCCUGAACUGUGUUGUGGCUGGGUGGGACAGACAGAAUUACCAUGUAUCUUAGCGUAACUUACCCACCAGACACAUAUCCUUGUCCCAUAACGGGCUAGCAGAGUUGAGAUGACCUUACAGGGGUACCUUGGCUGCUCCCUCCAAACAGAAAAGGAAAACGGCCCUAAGGCUGCCUCCAUCCUGAACCAACACAAAGGGGAAUGGAUAAAUGAAGGAAUGGAAAGAGACCAGUCCUGAAAUGCUGCGUUGUAGGACACCAUCAGAUUGGGUGACUUGAUCAAGACGAGUAGACAACACAUUCACUUGCCAAUCACAAGCCAAUCAAUUAAUAUCAAUUCACAAAACACCCGUGAAUUAUUCUUCACUUGUAGGAGAUUAAACCAUAGUUGGUGCCAGUCUAAUAAAAAACUGUAUAGUGAAUGUUUCGUUGUAUUGAAGAGCAUGGUAAUCUAUUCAGUGUAUGAUCUUUGGGAUCUGGCCAUAAUUAUUAGAACUUAUUGUAAGUGGACUCUGUGGAAAGUUUUAAAUUUGUUGAUUAAAGAAAAUAAAUAUUUUAAUCUUUCAUAAAUGAACAAUGAAUUAAAUUGUUCAGACAGGUUCAUUGAAAAAUUGUUGAUUGUAAAUUGAGAAAAGUGUAUUGAACAGGUAGUGCACGCCUGUAUGUCCUGUUCUGUGUAAAAUAUCUCAUUAAAUACUACCAAUUUUCAUAUGCCAUUUUUAAAAUGAUAUUUGUCGAUGAUCCCUCAACUUUGGUUCCCUCUUCACUGUCAUUUUCUAUGAGCAAUAUUGAGAAGGAUAUCAUUUGAAAAGCAAGCAUCGUUGUUGUAACAAAGCAAGCAUUGUUAGGGCAUAAAGUUCUUUGGAGAAUUUUCUUGUUUCUCCUUGUAAUGCAUGUAAAAAUUCAAAUUACUGGAAUUCUGAGAAAAAAAAUAAUAAUUUGAUAACAUUUAUACUUAAUUCUUAUGAAAUUUGGAAUAUGUUUACAAAUUAGUUUAGUUGUGGCACACUAUAUAUUUUCAAUGCACAUCUAAUAAUUCUUCACAGAAUCCAUUAACUAAUCUAGCCUCCACGUAAAUCUUGAUUUUUUUUUUUUUUUUUUUUUUAAGCUGGCACCUUAUUUUAUGUUGCUGAAGUUCAAUGAGCAAAUAAAUUUUAUCCAGUGCAGUUAAACAACCACUGCUCAUAAUUCUCAUAUUACAUAUCUGGGUGAAAUUAAUGAACAACACUUUCUGUUUGGAAACCGUGAACUGAAAGUUGCUAAAUUUCUCUAUUGAGGUAACCAGAGUUAGAAAUAAAAAGCUUAUUUGGAAAGUGAUCCGAUUUCAUUUCCAUUUGUUUUCUAGUGUUAUGUAGCAAUAUGUUAUUUUGAUGCUUCUUCAUCAAACUGCUGAUAAUUAGAAUUUAAAAAAUUGUGUUCCAUAUAAGUUAAAUGGUUUUCAAAACCCAUUGAAUCCUGUUUUGAACUAUUUUGCAGAAAGUGAAUAUUCCCUUCCUAAAUAAUUGUUUCUUGAAGAUGUGUUGCUUUGGGAAUAAGAUUUUCAAAUGGAAGUGAAAAAUGAAUCUUUUAUAUAGAAAAUAAGGUAUUGAAGUUGAGAAAUAUAUUGUGUGUAAUGAAAAUACUUUUGCUAUUUCUAUGGCAAAUGUGGCAUUUCUUCCUGCAAGUAAGUACAACAUUUUGAUUGGAUGUGUUAUUAUUCUUGAAAAUUGAUGUUUCAUUUAGAAAUUCUUUUAGUAAAAGCCUUAUUGAGUUUCUCUACAUCAGGAUUGCUGCGUAUUGCUGUUGAUACAGUGAAACUUGUCUAAGGCAGAAACUUACCUUCACCAGUAAACAGUCUUAGAACAGGCUAUUUUCCAAUGUUAUAUACAUAGGAUAAACUGUAAACCUGCCUAAUUCAGAAAUGGAAAAAAUUUUUAGUACAAUGGUAUUAAAAAUUCUGGAUAAGAUGAAAAACAAUCAUUGUUUUCUAAUUAAACAUUGACUUGUAGGUAUGGUGACAUUGUACUAAGGGACUUGCGCAUCCAUUCACAUCCUCAGCUACCCUCGUUUUUCUCGCAUUUCUCAUGCGGAUAGCAUUGUUUAUUUGUAAUAGUACUGACCUGCACAAUCCAGUGUAAAGGGGGAGAGAUGCAAAAAGUGGUUCGUCCACAGUUCUUCUAAUGUGUGUUUUGGGUUCAGUGGGUCUAAACAUUUAUUGUUGUUCAUUUUGAUGAACUGUAGGUAUUGUAUUAAUUGUUUAUGUCAGGCUGCAAAUUCGAAACAUUUACGCUUGGUAAUAAAAUUAGACUAAUUGAUGUACAUGAACAUGGCAAUACUUCUGAGAAGGGUUUAAUAAAGAAAUUUAAAGUUGGAAAACUUGAGUGUUUGACAACUUAAAAAUAAAGACAGAAUCAAGAAACAGUGGUUAGAAGAAAAUUAUUAUUGGUGGUUAUCACAAUUUUCACAAUGAUCUAGGUGAAUAAACAAAGCCUAUAUAAUCUGGUGAAUUCAUCUGUUCGUACACAUUGUAGAAAAUAAUGUUUCUUUUACUUUGUAUGGAGUUCUUUACUUCAUUAGACUGUGGAGCAUUUCUGUAUUUCAUUUGCUUUGUCUCUCUCAGGAUGUCUUCAUUUCUUUGAAAUGUAGUUGUUAGGUGAGAUAAACUAUUCAUACAACCUAUUCCAUCUUUGAAUGAUUGCGUUUCCUGAACUUUUUUUGAUAGUCUUUAUUGCAUACCUGAAUAAGCUGGAAACCUGUUCAAGACAGAAAAAAAUGUUGGACUCAAAUGAAUCUGGCUUAGAUAGGAUUUACUGUAUUUGCAUAAAAAAUAAAGUUUAAAAAUACAUUUUUAUGUAGUGUAAGAAUUUUGAUUUUAAAGUCAUGGGAGUAUCGUAUGAAUUCCUCAUGCAACAAUUUUUUGUGAAUACAUUAGCUCUUAAAGUUUAUUUUAGUUUGAGGCAAGCUUUUGGUGUCAAGUACAUUAUUUAAAACUUCAUCAGUUUUGUUGAAAAUUUGACCAAACUUUCAAUGUUAUUUCGCUUCCUCCACACUUCAAAGUAAAAUUUAUGCACAUGUUUUAUCAAAAGAGAAAUCAAAGACAUAUGGUAAACAACUUACCUGAUAAGUAAUAUUAUCUACAUCAUAUGACAAUAGAUACCCUACAGACUUAAUUAUCACAUGUAUACUUGUUGCGGUGUAUUGUACAUGUGUUUACCAUUAUGUCUUGGUGGGCCAAUUGUUGACUUUGUUACUGUUCCAGUUUGUGCUAUUAGACAUUCCAUUUUUGAAGCAAGAAGUUAGUUAAAACCUCAUAAAUUCUAUUAUAACAAAUUUAGAUUUUCCAUGCAUAGUGUAUUUUUGUCUACAGUGAGAGCGCUUGUAUAAUAUUGUGUAAUGAAUCUGUUUUUGAAAGGGUAUUUAACUGAAUUUGUUGCUCUGGAUUGUAAAUGAAAACUGUGUGCUUACAAUUAAAGCAGCAAUAUCAAAUGUAAAUAAUUGUAUAUACACACUUUUGAAAUGUUAGGAAAUCUUAAUUUUUACAAGAGUGUAUGAAACACUCCGUCUGAAUCAAGUCUUGUCUAGUCAAAAUGAGAAUUUUGUUUUCUCAGAAAACACUAAAAUGACAUAUGAUGUAAAAACUAAAGGUGGGGUAAAGUUUCAUAAAUAUUAAACAAAGUUAUAUGAUUCAAUGCAUGGAAUCUUUAGAUCCAAAUCCCUUUUUAUGUUCUGGAAUUUUCACAAAUUGUUACUCAUGGUUUUGAUAUCUACCAAGGAAAUCUCCCUUAAAGUGUUUGCUUUUGUUUCUGUCUGUAGAAAUGUGUUGUCAAUGCAGAAAUAUGUAUAGUAUGUUCUUGAAAGAUAGAAAGGAAAAUAGAAAAAAGAAAAAAAAAAACGUUUUAUAUAAUGGUCUUUUGGGGCUAGUGAGAGUUUGAAGUAGUUUCUUUCAGUUAUCGUUCAUUAGUACACUGAUGAUGUGUCUAAUCGCUAAUGCUUAUGCUCUGUGAAUUUAUAAGUUGGCAAGUUGUGUGAUUUUACAUGGUGGUAAAUGUUAUAUGCUGAUGUAGGUAUAAUUUGUCUGCCGUACCAUGCCUUCCUCAAUUCGUUCUUUUGGAAACAAUGUGAUACGAUAAUGGAAUGAACUACUGGCUGUGCGCAGCCAUAAUUUCAGUUGGCAAACAACUGGUGCUGAAAAGCGCUGCAAGUACUUUUGUCUUAUGACAUUUUUUCCCAAAGAGAGUGCUUUUUAUAAGAUGUUUAGAAAGCUCUUGAAGUUGAGCAUUGGAUUUGUUUGAGAAACUGAAGAAAUUAGAGGCUGCUAUUGUAAUUUUUUUAUUGAAGACUUGGAACGCUACACUGUAAACAGCAAACCAAGUAGAAUUUGUAAGAUCUCUUUCCAAAUCUCACUAUCUCCAAAAACCUGUUUUGAGAUGGAACUUAAAUUUUUGCUGACAUUUCUGCAAGUAAAAAUCAAAUAGGGAUUUAUACCUACAUAUUUUUCUUGGCAUAUUACUCCACUUCUCUCUGGAAUUUCUGUUGCAGUGUUGUAUUCUCCCAGAAUUAUAUUAAUUAGGUAAUGUUAGAGUAUUAAACUAUAUUUUAGUCAUGGAAAAAUUUGUAUUCUUUUCAAUGAAAAUUACCAGGCAUUUAGUUGCAUUAUUUUACAUAAAUAAUAUCACCAGUAGAUGCCUAAUCUCAAAACAGUAUAUGAAUUGAUUCUUAGUUGAAAAAUACAAAUUUUUGAAAUAGCUAUGGAAAGAAAGCUUUGAAUUGCAAAGUAAAUAUAUUUUGAGUGACUUAUGAGUUUAAAAUGCUAGUGUACACAUGGAGCUUUGUGUGUUGUUGCAUGUGAAUUGUUAUGCUUAACACCAUUAUUUAGUGACAUUAGCAAUUUAUAAUUAUUUACUUUAAGUGCUGAUGCUCAUAUGUGUUCAUGGCAUUGGUUCUAUGAGAGGGGUGAGGUGAGAGAAAAGGACAUCUGGAAAUGUCAAUCUUGUUCUGUGCAGUUUAAGAGACAGACAGAGGCUGUUCCUUUUAAACUUUGUGUAAUUAGGCACAGUUUCAAUUUUCAAAAUGAAUAAAGGAAAUUAAUUGAUUUCAGGCUUUAAGUAUUGUGAGAAUCUGUGAAAGAGCAGAAUUUGUGAACUGAGGUGUCUAUAUCCUGAGUUGUCAGGUCUCUGUCUGUAUCCCGAGCUGUGUGAAGUGAUGUGGCGUUGCGUGGCUGUUAGUGGCAUUGGCUGUGAAGCAUGUCUUGAUACUGUGUCAGCUGUCCAUUACAAUGAACAAUAAAAGAAAAAAAAAACUCUGCAUAUACUAUUACAAAAUAAGUUGUCUCUACUCAUAAUAUAUUAUUCUUACACUACAAUAGAACUCCAAUUAUCCAAUCCAUCCAAUUCGCUAAGAGAAGAAAAUAAAAUGUAUGACUAAAAUGAGUUAAUUCUGUUUGAUAGUUAUUCAAGUGUGUUUCUUUGUCAUUAUAAAUUCAAUGAGCAGCAAAUGUGUUAAAAGACAAAAUCAAUCAGUGAACAAUAAAUUGACCACAUGCAUUGUUGUGUUUGUCAGUGCAACCUCCUUCUCUGACACUUCGUGGAAGAACAAUGCUGUACAAAAUGUCAACACCAUUUUGCACUAAUUAAAUGAAUAUUACUGUAGGACGUACAUACAAAUUUAUUUUUUUGGAGAAUGACCCAGAUCAAAUCCGGGUCCAAUUCCAAAUAAUCUGGAAAAUUAGAGUUCUACUGUGUAAUAAAUUUAUCUUUCUAGUCUCCACUUUUCUCUUCAUGUUAUUCUUGAAAGUAAAUGUGUAGAGAAUGAGGAGAAAGACCAAUUGGUUCAAGAAAUUAUUUUUUAAUGAGAAUAGGAGUGUAUAUUUGAUU